GGAAACAAUACUGUUGACCAAUGGGAAAUGUGCCUGCUCUCUGGAGGACUGCAGCACACGGCUGGUGGUUGAAGUGUUGCUGAACAGGAAGUUGCUGAGUAGAAUUGAGAGAACUUCAACAGACAUGAGGGUCUCUUAUCAGACUCUAGUCUUGCUUUUCUUAGCAGGCUCAUGCUCGCUCGAGAAAGUUCCAGUUCACACAUUCGUCAGCAGACCGAUCCCAGGAACUCUACAGAACGUCAGCAAGAAUGACACUGGGGUGAAGGAGGCCGUCCUGACUGGAACCUACUCAUUUAAUAAUAAAUCCAACGAUGCUUUCCUGUUCAAAGCAUCAGCUGUUGAUGACGCAAAGAGACAGAUAGUCAAAGGCAUCCGCUAUAUUCUGGAAGUGGAGAUCUCACGGACCGUGUGCAGGAAGAGGGGCAACACUGACGACCUCAACAACUGUCCCUUCCAGACAGACAGUCUGUUACGACAGACAUUCUUCUGUCACUUUGACGUCUGGUCCAUUCCAUGGAUGAAGACAAUGUCAACUACAUAUUUUAAAUGCCGUUCAAAUGAUAUAUUCUGAAAAUGGUUUUUCACCUGAAAUGUCAUGCUAAUUUAAUACCAAACUGAAUGUGAAAAUAAAGUAAGCCGCAGUGCAGUGAUUGGAUAUCAUGUACAGUGACCUUCAGUUCAUCAGAUGCUGAGCUUGUGUUGACUCCGACUCCGAGUGUAAAUUAUUCAGUGAGCUUCUCUGAUGUGCAGAAGCAGCUUUACGCACCUACAGUAGAUCACAGCUUCAAUCUCUCAGCUCCCUGGCCUCUUUUCCUUUGAGCCGCAGAUCUUAUGAGCAAACUGGCCCUAUAGAAAGACACCAGCACUGAUCACACACACAUCUAUAGGGUUUGUAUGAACAGAUUUAUUGAUUUUUUUGACUACUCAUUUACUUUUGUUAUUGGAAAUGUGCAUGACAUACUUGUCCUAGAUUCAUAACUCCAUAUGGCCAUUAGGCGUGUACAAGCAUCCAAUGGGACAGAGGUUCUCAACCGGAUUUGUUUCAGAAGCCAGAUUUGGAGUGGACAUGAAGCAGUGAUCAUACAAGAGUGACAAAAUUGUCAAAAAUGAAAUGCUUUUAUAUUAAACCAUUCAUCGAUGUACAUUUGAAAAUGUAAUUGUUAGAAUAUAUAUUUUAAUGUUUAAUGAAACAACACAACAUUAGUCUGAACUUUAGUUUAAGCAUUAUAUUAUAUUUUUAUGUAACGCAUUCAAAUGCUUAUCCACAACAAAUUAGUUUGAGAUCAAACAACCAACAAGUUCAAGACACAAAAUCGUACUUUUAUCAGAAGUUUUAAUUCAGUGCAACUUACACGGACUUGUUUAAUUGUUUAAACUACAGAAAAUGUACUCACUCGCAGGCUAUCCAUGACGUAGACGAGUUUGUUUCUUCAUCAGA